UCGCUUUCGAAUAAUCUAGUAUGAGGUGCAACAUGCUCUAUAUCUUUGUAGGACAUGCAAAGACUUCUUUCACCCACCGCAAGACUGACUGCCAGAUGUUUCAGACGUUUCGCAGGAGCAGAGGCAAAGGCCGCUGCAGAGGCUGCAACAGGAGCUGCUUCAGCAAGUACUGUCAAGAGUGCGCAAACUGCCACUUCUCAAGCUUCGGCUGCUGCUGCUAAAGGUGCUCAGAUUCCGAAAGGUCCACAAGGCCCCAAGGGUCCGCAAGGUCCCAACCCCGCAAAGCCGAAAAAGACAUUAAAGAGAUUCGUGAAGUAUACUGUUGGUGGCGCUGUGGUACUUGCUGGAGUCGGUGGUACGCUCUUUAUGCACUACAGAAAUGACCACCUCGCCUGUGUAACCAAGCCCAAGGGUGGUAAUGAUAGUGACAUUCGCGAGAUGCUGUAUCUUGUCCCCAAGAAUCUAGACCACUACUACCGCCACUACAACAUGAGCUACUAUUAUGACCGUUUAAUCAGCAGCAUCAUGAAGGAGAAUCCGCUGAAUUUCCAGACCAUGGGAGACGUAAUCGACUUCUUCUCUCAAUGGUUCUCCACGUUGGAGCUGAACAUCGAUACGAAAGCGCCGCUGUCCAAGGACAAGCUGUUAGAAAUGCUGAUCAAGUUCGACUACCAGCCGAACAGCUUCGCUCUGUAUGUCAUUGGAGAGUAUUACUUCAAUACAUCGCCGUUGACGAGCACUGGUGUGGAUUUGGGCUCUACGUACUUCAAUUGCUGGUGCGAGAAGAAGGGCGAGAAGUUGGUGAUUCCACAGGAGAAGGUUCUCGACCUGGUGAAGCAGAUGCAGGAGAAGACGAAGGUGGAGUUCAAGAAUUCGGGCUUUGUGCCGAAUUGGGCGAAUAAGAUCGUGAGUCAGCGCGAUCGCCAGAUGAAGCCUGUUGCCUUGGUGGAGGCGUUGGAGAAGGAAGCGAAGGAGGGAUUGGAGAUGUAUGAUUUCCUGGAGGUGAUGGCGUGUAUGGAGAGACAGAUGAAGGGUGCCAGGGUGGGAAAAUACAUGCCACUGAAUCGCCUGCUGAUAAUGGAGGAUACGUAUAUUCGACAAUCCGUGAACGAGAAGGUGUUUGAUGAUUUGGAGAAGCAGCGAAAUGGUCAGAACAAGGAGGAAGAGAAAGAGGAAGUGGAAGUUAAGGAGGAGGAAGUGGAAGUUAAGGAGGAGGAAGUGGAAGUUAAGGAGGAGGAAGUGGAAGUUAAGGAGGAGGAGGAAGUCAAGGAGGAAGUUGAAGUCAAGGAAGUGACUGUAGAAUCGCUUCUGGAAAAUCUGGAUGAGGUACGUAUGAAGAAGUGGAAGCAUCUGAUUCGUGGAGAAUUCGAGGGCUAUCAAAACUGCCUGGACGAAGAACGCGCAGUUCGUCGUGACCUUGAUGAUAAGGACUGGUGGUAUUGGUGUUUAUUACAACAAACAAACAAACAAACAAACAAACAAAUAGCACAAAACCCCAAAACGUUUUAUUCCUCGUCCUUCUCCACGUUGAAAUACUUGAGCUACAUGUUAACAACAACAAGAGGCGACGAACCUUGUAGCUAG